AACUAUUUUAUAUACCUUUAUAAUUUUUCACUUAAAAUAAGCAAAAACAAAUUUAAACAAGGGAAAUAAUCAAAUUAUAUUCUAUAACAACAGGAAGAGGAAGUGAGUUAUUUCCCUUCCAAAAGAGGAAUUUCCAACUUUGUCAAACAGAAAGUCAAACAUUUUUUUUCAAUAAUUUUAAAGACAUCCUGAUCAUAUGCUGUCAAAUACAACUUUAAAAAAUGUUUCAAGAACCUGACUACAGAGAAAACCUAUCAUUGGCUUUAUCAGAGGUUUUAGAUGACAUUGGUGUCAAUGAAAGAAUGGUGAUGAGAAGGAGAAGACAUUUAAUGCUGAAAGAGACUAUGAGGAAUAUCAUGUACAGGUUAACUGAUACAAACAUGACUGAAUAUUAUCUAGGGAGUCAGAGUGAAGGUACAACUACUUUAGGACUUGAUUCAGACAUUGAUGUACUAUACUGUAAUCAUGAUUUCAAUAUAAUACAAGACUGGUCAGAGUGGGAACAUGGCAAGAGAAACUACCUCAUGAUACAGGAUGAGAACACUACCCCUGGUUAUUGUUUCUUACAACUGCUCCGACAUGAUGAACCUCUUCCUGUCACUGUCAUUCCUGAUGAACACCAUAUAACUGAUAGAAGUGGAAGAAUAUUGUUAAAAAACACAAAAUUUAAUGGUAUCAUUCCGGGUGCUGUAGAUCAUGGACCAUCACUUGCUGAACAAGGACAGGAUGGAUUCUGUGAUAGAGACAAUGUGCCAGCUUUUCCUUGUAAAUCAUGGCCUCAAUCAGCAUCAGGUUGGUUAGAUAGACAAGGUAUUGGCAGAUGGCCAACACUAGACUUGAGAAGAUAUGCAGUCAGAACUGGGUGUUUUGUUGUUCCAACUGAAAGUAAGGUCAGUGAAUAUCCUGAACUUGAAUGGAGAAUAUCUACAUCACUGGCAGAAAAACAUCUUAUGUUCAAUCUAAAUAUAACACAAAUAAGGUGCUAUGUAUUAUUGAAAAUGAUUCUUAAAUCCUUCCUUAAUCCUCAAGGGGAAAUCAACAUAUCAAGCUUCAUGUGUAAAACAGUUCUAUUACACUGUAUAGAAAACACAGAGUCAAGUAUAUGGAAAGAGAACAAUUUAUUUAUAUGCUUAACAUACUGCUUAUUAGAAUUACAUAGCUGUGUGCAGAAUGACCGUUGUUCACAUUUUAUUAUCGGAGAAAAUAAUUUGAUGGCAGGGCAAUUUACAGCUGGAAAAAAACAUGAACUUUCAAAAAAUAUAAGUGAUUUUUUACAGAAUGAUGGUCAAAUGUUACUUAGAAUUGAUAUUGAUGAUCUUGGCUAUAGAUUGCAAGUUAAACUGAACAUGGUACCACAUGGAGCAUAUUAUUAUCAAUCUUCUCUUGCAAUACAUGAAUUUUAUAUGACCUCAGAAUAUUUAAACACAGCACACAUUACAAGCAUAACUCAUAAUCUUGUUUUAAGACAUUUACACACAAAAAACAUUAGAGCAAUGAAGAAUUGUAUAGGUAAAUUUAUUACUUUCAUCGUUAAUGGUAAUAGAUUAGUACAGGCAGCAUUCAAGUUUCUAGCACCUUUUCUUUUUACCACAUAUGGAUCUAUCCUGGCAUCAUCCAGCAUUGGUGAAAAUAAUCAAGUGUCACCUCAAGCAUUGGUUUGGUUAUCAGCUGGUUUAAACUCAGAUAUCUCAUCUAGCAGACUUAAAUUGGCUUCAGUGUUCUACAGUACAGGAGAUAUGGAGAAAGCUGAACUAAUUCUGAGACACACUGAACAACAAUAUUACUCUUAUCCUGUUGUACCUAUCUGUAGCUGCUGGGAUAAGCCUCCACCAGCAGUAACAGCAGAAUUCAAGAGGGUAUGUGGUGAACAAAGUGAGGACUGUAUCAAACAUAUUACAGCAUUUUGUGUCAGAUUUAUACAGAAAGAGAUCAACUGUGUUCCUCAUGAACUACAAUAUGAAAUGUUCAGAUCUACACAAGAUGACAUGAUACACAGAGAUCAGUAUGAAGACUUUUGGAUGGACUGGGCUGUAGUUGAUUCUCUACCUUUCCUAUACUUCCUACAAUACAAGAUCUACAGUCAUCUACAAAGACAUCAAGAUCAACAACAAGCACUUGGUAAACUUAUAAGAACCAUAGCAACAGAUGUAAACCUCGGACAUAGAGAAACAGCUCUAAACAUUUUAGGACAAUGUAUGGAACAAGAAAACAGACCUCAAAAUGCAUUAAAAUGCUACCUGCUUUCUCUUCAACAAAGGGCAAGAAACAAUGUAGCAAACUUUCAUAUAUGCAAACUCCUUUCUGGGGUAUUGGCUGGCCAAUAAAUGUGAUCAAAAGCAGACAGUAUUAAGACUUGUAUUUCUACUGAUCAAAAUUAUAACUCUUGUGUGUGUCAAACUGAUGCAAAUGUCAAUAUAAUUAUAAUAUAAUUUGUGCUUUCAUAAUGUUUUAGUUACAUUUUAUUCUCACAUAAUAUUACCAAAACAAAACAAGAAUGAUCAGUGAUCACAUGUGUUGCUUCAUGAUAGCCAUAACUCAACCAAAAAUUAUUUAACCUAAAAACCUGUGUAAUAUGCACAAGAACUUGGGUACCGAUUACAUACAUGUAAACUUUUUUUGAUGAUCAAGUGGGAGAUUUUUCUUCAAAAAGAGGGAGAUUUUAGAAUUUGCAAUAAACAAAGAAGGAAAUUCUGACAUCAAAACUAGGGAGAUUUCUUUAAUUUGAGAAAAAAAAACCCUUAUUUUAAGUAAAAUCUUUGAAAAUACGGCUGGAGAAAGUGGGAGUCUGCCGCUAAAAGUGGGAGAGUUCACAUGUAUGCGAUUAAUCCCUUACAUUUUCAGUGGUAUAACAGGAGUGAACAAAAUUUGAAAAUUUAAAAUCAUUUAAGGGCCAUCACAAAGUUCAUAAUUGUAUCUGAAAUAGUCCAUAAUUAUUUCUAUUGCUAAGGUAAAACAACAGUUCGAAAUGAUAUGUACUUAUCAUAUGAGAAUAAUCAAUUACCCCCUUGGGUGGGGCCAAUUUUGACCCAAGGGCUUUUAUUUGAAUAAACUUGGUAGACACCCCUAAGAAGAUUUUUUCAUGCUUAAUAUAUAAUCUCUAGCUCUUUUAAGUAGCUUUUAGAAGAAGAUUUUUUAAGUUUUUACUAUAUACAAAUAAAGAAAAUCAUUAACCCCCUCGGGCAGGCUUUUAUUCGAACAAACUUUGUAAACACCCAUUAGAAGAUGUUUAUUGCUAAAUAUCUAAGCUCUAGCUCUUUGGUUUUAUUUAAAGUAGUUUUUUUUUUAAAGGUUUUACUAUAUACAUAUAAGGAAAACCAAUGACCCUUAGGGGCCAGGCCAAUUUUGACCCUUAAAACAGUGAAAUUAUCAGUUUUUAUUUCACUGAUA